GUCUCGUUCAGCACUCAAUCGACCAUAACAUGAGCAGCUUUCUUUUCAGAAGAGUCUGGUGUAGACCAGCGGCCCUGUAUACACGGCGUCCAGUCACGCCCACAACGUUAAAUCGCCACAGACCUCCCUAUCCAUGCCGAAUACACUCCUACACUUCAUCCGCAAAGGGUCCUACAUCUGCUGAACACCCGCCGGAAUCGCCACUAACAGACCAGCUGGACGCCCUGCUCUCCGGCAACCAGUAUGAGCAGCUCUCGGGACCAAACAAACAAAAGAUCUAUGAUACCUUUGCUCAACACACCGCAGAUGGAGGGGCUGUCCCCGAUCAUCUCGGCUACUACAUAGUCUCCGUACUGCUAACCCCCCGAUUCCCCGGCGAUGCGGAGUUCCCCGACCAGGUACCAGACGCGGACAAAGAGCUGGCUCUUCGCGUGCUAGACUUCCUCUCGCUGCAGGGCACCCCGGUAUUGACAAUGGGCGUCUUCGCCAUGCUCUACCAGGCGGCUGCUUUUUCCCCGCCGCAGCCUAGCACUGGCACUAGCGAUACCACCACCACCACCGCAACAAACAGCUCAAAAGAUGAUCUCAGAAACAACGCCACCCUCCGCAUCUCGCGGAUAAUCAACGCCCUCCACCUCCCGUACCACCCUGACGACGCCCGAACUUUGAUGACCAUGUUGUUCCAGAACGAGGACUACGAAUCCUUCUGGAAGCUGUGGCGCCGCAUCCCGCUCCGCGGGGAGCCGCGCAUUGCGGAGGACUACCUCAUGCUGUUCAACUUGCAUGCGAAGCUAAGCGACCAGCGUCGCGUCGAGGAGUGCGUGCUGACCUGGUUCCCGAUGAUGGAGCGCGAGGACGUCUCGUUCGAGGCUUUGGACGGGGAGAUCGCGCGGGCGGUCGCGCGGUGUAUUCUGGUUGUGGAGCCUUAUAUGUGGCAGAAAAGAGCUGGGGGGGAAACGAUGGGUUUGUUGGGGAAGAUUUGGGAUUUUGUUGUUGAUCUGGUUAAGCCGGAGUUGUUGGGGGGAAGGUGGCGGAGUGUUAGAUGAGCUUGGUGGAGUGGGUGGGUUGCGUCGGAGGCUGAGUUGGGAUUCAUCAGGUGUGAUGUGUGGUUUGCCUGUGGCAGUUGAGUGGAUGGGUUUGUCGUCUGAGUACUGAAAGGAAGCGCCCGAAUCUCGAAUCCAUCUGUGUGGUGGUUGGAGCUGAUAUCUGACGCGUAGACUGCGGAAAAUAUCAGCUAGUCGGGACUCCAGGGCUCCUGCAGGGCCUGUGGGCUUUGGGUGUCAAUAGAUCGUGCACAGAUGUCCAUUCAUGCAUCUUUGAAAGCGCACUCGUUUGGUGGGAUGACGUCAGUUGUUGUCGCAGUAGCACUGAGCACCGAGAUUGUAAAGAGAACGAUCAAUCUUAGCCAUGCGCGACAACUGACGAGAUAUCA